AUGAAUUGUAAAUUAAUUCGAUGUUCUAAACCAAAAUGUCAAGAUGGAUCUAAAAUAGUAUACAAUCGAAAAAGGUCAUGCUGCCCCUAUUGUGAAAAAGUCGAAAAUAGCCGCAGGAAACGUGAAUUAAAUUGUGAUGGAAUUCGAUGUACUAUACCAAAAUGUUCAGCUGGAUAUGAUGUAGUAUUUAAUCGAAAAAAGUCAUGUUGCCCGUAUUGUGGUAAUGUCGGAAAUAGCCGAAGUAAACGUGAAUUAAAUUGUGAUGGAAUUCAAUGUUCACCACCGAAAUGUGAAAAUGGAUUAGUACAAAAAUAUGAUACAAAAUUGGCAUGUUGUCCUUUUUGUGAUAAACCAGAAAAUUUAUUAAAUUGUGAUGGAAUUCAAUGUUCCCCAUUAAAAUGUACGGAUGGAUAUAUUUUAAAAUUUAAUCGAAAAAUGGCAUGUUGUCCAUUUUGUGAUAAAAUCGAAAAUACAUUAGAUUGUGGUGGAAUCCAAUGUACACCACCAAAAUGUGAGAAUGGAGAUGAAUUAAUUGUCGAUAAAACACAUGGAUGUUGCCCCCGUUGUAUCAAAGGUUGUGGAGAAAUUCAAUGUACUCCUCCAAAAUGUGAGAAUGGAUCAAAUCUAAAAUAUGACCGAUUAACUUCAUGUUGUCCUUAUUGUGACAAACCCAAAGAAGACGAAGACUCAUUUGCGAGAUUUGGAUAA